GAGAUGUCUGCAUCGGAUGAGCUGUCCGAGAGUCAAGUGCGCCAGUUGGUGUUCGACCUGGAGACGUCUUAUGGUGCCUUCAACAAGUUCCUACACUAGGACUGCUGAUUGGAUAUAAUUAAAGGGCUCAAUAACGCCGACCAUAAUGUUAUUAUGUUAAGAAAAUGUUAAAAUAUGUGGUAAUAUAUAAUAAUAGUAUAAAGUGAGAGAGUGUAUUUCUAUAUAAUCAAUCUAAAUAAAAAAAUCUUCCGCUCACCAGAUGUCGCUAGUUGGGACUGAGGUGAAGUUUUGGAACGAAGUUCUUUAUCGGACGGUACGAAUUUGGCGGAUGGGGGCUAGGCGAGAAAAAGUGUAUGAUUUUUCCGUCACGACCCCUUCUGAUGUAGUGUCGCACUUGGCGGCAUUAAGGAAGCGAAAUGGAAUAAACCUUGCACUUUUUCUCAUCUUGCCAUGAUAGAAAUAUUGUUUUAUUUUAAAUGACGCUUCAUUUUAAUAGACUCUAGUAAUUCAUUUAUUUGUAUUUGUUAAUCAAUGAUAUAAUACGUUUAUCAAUAAUAUUAUACUACGAAAGGAAUUUCGUUUCAACUAAGUGUUCCACGACACUCACGCAUGUUUUUUUUGCUACACAAUGUAAUUCAAAUGAGAAUAUUGCUUUAAAUAAAUGUUUAUCAGUUUCUAGAGUAUUCUAUUAAUAUACAAAACAAUGCCCCAGUGGUGUGCUCUUUAAUUUUUUUAUGCUUUUGUAUUUUGGUUUUUUCUUUUAUAGGAGAGGGGGCAAACGAGCAUGCGGCUCACCUGAUGGUAAGUGACUACCGCCGCCCAUGAACAACCGCAACACCAGGGGAAUUGCAGAUGCGUUGCCGGCCUUUUAAAAAGGAGUAGGCUCUUUUCUUGAAGGUCCCUAAGUCGAAUCGGUCCGGAAAAAUCGCUGGUGGUAAAUUAUUCACAAAGAAGUUGUGCGAGAAAAGAAAACAUCUUCUAAAUCGCACAGUGGUGGACCGCCAAUCAUCCAGAUGGUGUGGAUGGUAUCGGGAGUUCUGCCGCGAUGUGCAUUCGUGAAAUUUGGCGGCUGGUAUUAAUCUGAACAAUUCCUCAGAGCACUCCCCGUGGUAAAUACGAGAGAAAAUGAGAGAUGCAACAUCUCUUCGCAGCGCCAAUGAGUCGAGCCGAUCGGAAAGGACUCGGUCGUCAACGAUUCGAGCCGCUCUGUGCUGGAUGCGGUCAAGUGGAAGGAGCUGGCACUGGGGAGCCCCUGCCCAGAGAUGGGAACAGUAUUCCAUGUGAGGCUGAACCUGCGCCUUUUAAAGUUGCAGGCGGUGUGCCGGCAUGAAAUACUGUCCCGCUCUGCUGAGCACGCCAAGCUUUUUAGAGUUCAAUUUGGCCUUCUCUUCCAAGUGACCACGAAACUGCACGUCACUUGAUAUGUCGACGCCGAGGAUUCCAAUACUGGCUGAGGCAACUAAGGGAGUGCCUUGAAACUGAGGAGAUACGACAAAGGGGUUCUUUUUAGCGGUAAACGCGCAAUCUUGUCUUCUGAGGAUUAAACUGGACUAGAUUUAGUCGCCGCCAAUCGGAGACUUUGUCCAGCAAAGACUCGACUUCAGACACAAGUUUGUUCCGGUACUCAGCGACGUUUUCCCGAGAAAUAUUGGCACGGCCGGUGUAUAGAGCAUCACCAGUGCUGUCAUCCGUAUAGCAAUAAAUGCUACGGGUUUGCAACAUAUCAUUGAUAUGCAGAAGAAACAGCGUUGGUGAUAGCACGCAGCCUUGUGGAACACCAGUGUUUAUAGGCUUGUAGUUGGAGCAUGCACCGUCUACAACGACCUUGAUGCUCCGAUCUGCAAGAAAGCUGGUGAUCCUCAAGGUACCGCAUGAGGUGGCAGUUUAUAACGGAUUCCAUUAUUUUGGAGAACAAGGGGGUGAUGGCGAUUGGCCUGUAGUUGGACGGGUCUGAGCGGUCGCCUUUUUUAGGGAUCUGGUGGACAAAAGCUGUCUUCCAUGAUUUCGGGACUACGCCUAGGGAGUACCGGAAAAGACGCGUUAGAACCGGUGCCAACUAUGGAGCACACGUCCUCAGCACAAUUGGGGGGAUUCCGUCAGGCCCACUCGACUUGUGGAUGUCCAGGGAGAGGAGUGCUUUGCGAACCAAUGGCUAUAAGAACCGCACAUCCGACAUGGAGCACUCACAUCGCGGUAUGGUCGGCGGUGUGUUCUCCCCGUCAUCAAGAGUCGAUUUGGACGCAAAAAGGGAGCCUAAAAGGUCGGCUUUCUCUUAUGCGGCGUGGGCCAGUGAGUCGUCUGUCAAAGAACUAAUAAAAUCCGCUAGAUGGCAGUACUACCAUCCCGUUUAAUACAGAUGUAAACUAUUCAUACUAUUGACGGGUAGUGACGUCAACAAUGCGAUUAUCUAUAGUCUAUACAAAUAAAUAAAAUUGAAGUGUCUCUUUGUAAUAUCAAAAUAACAGCUUUUUACUAAAUGCAAAUGAAAGUAUACACAGUACUUAUAACGUAAAAACAAUUUUGAAAAUGUUUGUCAGUUUGCUCCGGCUAAUCUCCGAAACGGAUGGACCGAUUUUGACGGAACUUCACUGGCGGAUGACUUCAGCUGUUCUUAUAAGGGAGUAACUUAGGUUACUUUUACUUUAGAAAUAGAAUUAAGGUUCCGUGCAAAAAAAAUCCCAUGAAAUCCAAUCGUAAUAAAUUCCACACGGUUGAAGUCGCGGGAAACGGCUAAUGAUAAAUACAUAACAACAACAAAUCAAAAAAUCCCUAUCCGAUCUGUGAGGUGCUCAACCUUCUCCUUUUUCAAUCGACUUCAAAAAAGGAGGAGGUUCUCAAUUCGACUAUUUUUUAUGUGUGUUACUUCAGAACUUUUUUCUAGGUGAACAGAUUUUCUACGAAAGCUGAUGCUUCUCACGUGGUCCCAUACAAAUUUGAUCAAGCUCUGACCAGUAGUUUUUGAGUUAUCCUUAAUAAUGCGUAUUUAAUUAACUUCGAGUACAUUGAUGAUGUUCUAAUUUUAUUUAUAUUAAAGUCGGUUGUACAAAAUUUUGAAUUUUACCACUUGUUGAAGUUGCCUUUAGACAGAUUCUUAAGCUGAAAGAGUCCCACCACCCAUGUUAACUGGUUCAUCCCGUUUUGAUAUAGAAACUAAUUUGUCUGUAUUAUAGAACCUUAGUGUUUUGUAAUGUAUUAAGCUAAAUUAUAUAUUAUGUAAUUUGUCAUAUAUCGAUUUUGUUGUUAAGCACAUUAUAUUGGAAAACAAAUAUAUGUUAUUUAUAUC